AUUCACACUAUUCUAACCAUUGAAAAAAAUAGCGAGAGUAAUGUUUUGUGCUUUGUUUAAUGAUUCAGAGCUGGCGGGGUGAUGCACUCUCUUUAGAUCCUUUGUUUGCACAGAGAAGCACCUCUGAAAUAAGGGAUGAUUUGGGUCCUGGUGGAGAAAUAAGAAAAAAUGGUCAAAUCACCUCUUAGAAAAAAACCAAGGGAGAUUUUAUCUAACUUGCCACUAUUCAAAAGAGAAAGACUAUACUUAAAUGUUACAAGGACCAGUUAAAAGUGUGGCAACUAAUUAUCCUUUGUAUGUAUCCAAUUUUUUGUGUGCUUUACUGGUAGGUAGAAAUAGAUGCCAUAGUAUCAUUUUGGAAAAAAAAAAAAAUCCAGGUAUGAAACGCCCAGUUUAGUUUUUCCUUGCUUGGAGGAAGGUUUUCAUUGCUCUGUCACUGAGUUGGCCUUUCUCUGUGUGUGCUGGAGUGAGCAGGAAUCGGUCCCCUCUGGUCACGAGCAGAUUGGGAGGUUUGUACUCUUGUCUUUCUGCCUCUGCAGAGCUGCUAAGGAGCCACCAGAGAGGAGAGGGCAGGGCUGGUGAAGAAUCUAGGUGGGAAGCUCACAAGUACCAUAGGGAAGCGAGAAACUUAUUCUAGGUAAAGUGCAGCCCCAUGCUCAGAAUAAUUAAAAACCUACAGCCUUAGAGGUUUUGUUUUGUUUUCUUAAACAAAGACAUAACCCUAUUUACAGCAUAGCUUGAGCACAAACAUUCUUUUUGAAUUAUCUUUUCACAGAACCAUAAAAUUAACUUUCUGCUAAUACACUAGCCUUGAUAAGACGCUAAGGCAUUACAAUGAUGCCCUUAACACUGAUACAUACAUAGAUAUAGAUACACAGACAGAUGGAUAUCUAUACCUAUGUUGGUUUAAGGCUUUAUCAUAGUGGUAGAAUGUGUCAAAAUUGGGCCUGAAACUAGUGGUAAGCAAAGUUAAGAAUGUUCUGUAGCUUAACCUAAACUGGACCUUUGGUAGAACUUUAAUCUGGCUUUUGUAACUCAUUUUAAAGUAAAGAAAGUUAAUAAGGGCUAUGUGGAUUCAGUCUCGAGGACAGAGUGAGAGGCAAUCCUCUGAAGAUCUUAUUGCCAUUGGUUUUAAGAACAUGAUUAAAGGCAAUGAGAUCAGCCACAUGCUAAACGGUGAUAAAUUUAGAGACAAAAAUCUAAUUAUAAUAGUAGUUCAUUAAUGUUAAAAUAAAAGAUCCUACUUUCUGAAAGCAAUAAUAUUUACUGAGUUCCUCCGAUGUUUGGGGCACCCAAUGAAGCCUUGGUCCCCUCCCUCCAGGACUGUUCCCGUGGUAGUCGGAGGUCAGUGGUAGUGAAAUAAGGGAUGAUUUGGGUCCCACAGAAGGUGUCUGUCCUGAGGAGUGGACACCCCAGCAGAGAAGGAAUCUGGGGGCUGGAGGGAGUGAAGGCUGUGAGGGCCUGGGCAGGGGCAAAAAGUCAUGCACUUUAAUUGAACAUUUAGUACCAGCUAAGUAGGGUUCCUACGCAUGAAGCCUUACCUGAUCAGCUCGAUGUAAAUUUGUUUGGCUCCUGCUGAAACAGACAGUACCCUCGGGUGGAAAUGAAAACAAGUCUCCCUGACGCUGGUCUGUGUUGCUGAGUGUUUCUGUGGCAGGUGCAUGUGUGUGCUUCUCUGUUCCCUCAAAGUCAGUGGUCAAAGCUGGUUGAAUAUCAGCAUCGAAGAAUACAUGGUAUAGUGUUAUUUAGAGGAGAGGGAUCUGUUUGAUUCUGUAACAUGUAAAGCUAAUAUGUCUUCCAAGAAGGAUUCUGGCUUGGAGGAUUGUAAAGGAACAUUAGGAAAACUAGAAUUACAGAAAGCUGGGAAAUACUUUGCGGAGUUUUCUUCACACAGUGGCCUUGAAUUAGUGUGUAAAGAAUAGUUUUUAUUAAGAUGAAAUCAGUUUUUCCCUUUUGGACUAUUUUUAAGUCACCAUUUGAAUGGACGCCAAUUCAUAGCCUGCAGGUGUGCCCGCAUCUUGUUCCUGCCCUAGGGAGAGCUCGUCACCAGGUGAGAGGGGGCCUCCGAAGAAGCAGGCACGGCUUAGACUGGGAAGGGUGGGCCAGGUGGAAAGGUAGUGUGAUGGAACAGAACCUCCUUUUGCACAAUCCGAGUAGCAGGACCAAGUGUGGAGCAUGUGAAGAACUCAAAAAGGUCCGGUAAGGACUUUAUUGUGACAGCAACGAGAUGUCAGGAAAAUGAAUUAGAUAAGAGUGACAUGUUUAGAUCAGUUUAGAUCAGAAAGGCUACUGUGGCCUGCAGCAUGAGAAGAGAUUGGUUGGGGAGUGAGCACUCCAACAGGCAGGGAGAGCUGGAGACUGUCGCGGUUAUCCAGGGAGAUGCGACAGUGGUCUGAGCUAGCUAGCGAGGAUGGAGAGAAGUGAAGGGAUUCCAAAGGGAGGGAGAGUUUGAUGGGACUUGGACCCAUCAGUCAGGGGCUGAGUGGGUGGUUGUUCAGAGUUCUGACUGGGUUAAGGUGCUGUAGUUCAUCAAGUCAGAGAACACAGGCAAGGAGUGGAAGUGAGGUUGGUGUGCGUAAGAAGGAAACAAAUUCAGAUCCUGAAAUCUGGAGUACUGAAUUGCAGAAACGAAGUGGCAUAGAAUAGGAGGAGAACAAAAACAAAAAAGGCUGAAACGGGACACAAAAUUAACUUGAAUGAAGAAAAGAUUCACAGCACUUAAAUUGAACACUUAGUACUAGUUAACUUGGGUCUCUACGUGCCUUACAUGAUUAGUUAAGUGUAAAUUUGUUUGAUUUCUGCUAAAAUAGUACCCUCAAGUGGCAAUUAAAACAACAGCAAACCAUACAUCUCUCAAAUGCUGGUCUAUACAUCAAAUAUUAUAGAUUUACAAGCGGGGAGACCUGAGGACAGGCCCCAGGUUGACUGUCUUCAGGAGUUAUUUGUGAACUAUAACUGAUUCAGACUCUUACAAUACUUAAAGAUGUGUUAGUGAGGAUAAAGUUAAGUGAUUUGGUCAUACCACUGUUUCAAAAGAAAAUUUGAAAUUCAAUAAGUAAGAAGUUAUCACAAUUUUCUUUUGAAAUAGUGCUAUGACCAAAUCAUUUAACUUUAUUCUGACCAAUCUGUGUAAAAUAGCAUCGUCCCCUCCAGCCUCUUCUCUGUUUACAUUUCUCCAUAGCAGUUAUCACCCGCUGAUAUGCUAAGUAUUUACUUGUUUGUUUUUCUUCUGUCCUUUCUCUUCCCCUUACUCAUCUAGGAUGUUAUCUCUACCAGGAAAAGACUUUGUUUUGCUUACUACUAUAUCCCCAGCGUCUAGCUUAGUUCCCGGCACAUAUAUGCAUGUAUGUAGGAGCACUCCAGCCCGAGUUUCUGGAAGAUCAAUACCAGAUUCCAGAGGUUAGAAGGACUGACAGGUCUCCCAAAGCCUCCACGCCCGCGUGUGAGCUGUGAGCGUUACAUCCAUCCCUGUUUCUGAGGAUGGCAUCUACGUUUGGCGACGAUCCUCUUGCUAAAGUUCACAAAGCACUUCAAAGUCAGGAGUCGCCGCCUAACCCAGGCCGCGAUGCCCUUCCCGGGGCCCUCGGUGCACGCCCCCCGCUGACCACCUGGGAGCACCGGCGCGCACAGCCCACCGCACACUCCCCGCGAGCGGAGCCAGACGGCGGCGGCGGCGAGACCCAGCCCCCGGGGCAGAGCGCCGCUACCCCAACCUGCUAGCUGUCUGCCGCCCGGUCUCCCACGCCUCCACCCCUCCCCUCCCCUCCCCGGCCGUCCCCGCCGGUCCAUCCCCGCGCCCGCCGCCGCCUCCCUGGGAAGCUUGUCCCUCGCCACCCGCCGUAGCCCGGCGCUGGCCGGUCGCCGUCUCCAAGAUGGCCGCGGCGCGAGCGGCUCCUGCGGCGGGCUAGAGGCGGAGGCGGAGCCGAGUCACUCCUGCACUCCGGGGCUCCGGUCCCCCGCGCCAGGCUGCAGCUUACUGCCCGCCGCGGCCAUGCGGGGCUCCGUGCACGGAUGAGAGAAGCCGCCGCCGCCGCCGAGCUGGUCCCGCCGCCCGCCUUCGCCGUCACUCCCGCCGCCGCCAUGGAGGAGCCGCCGCCGCCGCCGCCGGAACCCGAACCCGAGCCGGAGCGCUGCAGGGCGGCGAGACAAGAGUGCGCCUUGGGAGAUUCAGCUUGUAAGAAUUCUGAGUCUGAUCCUGAGGACUUUUCAGAUGAAACAAAUACAGAGAACCUUUACGGUCCCUCUCCCCCCAGCACGCCUCGGCAGAGGAAGCGUCUGUCAACCAAACACCAGAGGAAUAAUGUAGGGCGGCCCACCAGUCGAGCUAAUGUGAAAGAAAAAAUGAAUGCACCAAACCAACCUCCACAUAAAGACACUGGAAAAACUGUGGAGAAUGUGGAAGAAUACAGCUAUAAGCAGGAGAAAAAGGUCCGAGCAGCUCUUAGAACGACGGAGCCGGAUCAUAAGAAGAACGUGCAGUGCUCGUUCAUGUUGGACCCAGUGGGUGGGUCUUUGCCCAAAAAAUCAAUUCCAGAUGUGGAUCUCAAUAAGCCUUACCUCAGUCUUGGCUGCAGCAAUGCUAAGCUUCCGGUGUCUGUGCCCAUGCCGAUAGCCAGAACUGCACGCCAGACUUCUAGGACUGACUGUCCAGCAGAUCGCUUAAAAUUUUUUGAAACUCUACGACUUCUACUAAAGCUUACCUCAGUCUCAAAGAAGAAGGACAGGGAGCAAAGAGGACAGGAAAAUACGUCUGCUUUCUGGUUUAACCGAUCUAAUGAACUGAUCUGGUUAGAGCUACAAGCCUGGCAUGCAGGACGGACCAUUAACGACCAGGACCUCUUUUUAUAUACAGCCCGUCAAGCCAUCCCAGAUAUUAUCAAUGAAAUCCUUACUUUCAAAGUUAAUUAUGGGAGCUUUGCCUUUGUUAGAAAUGGAGCUAGUUUUAAUGGUACUUUGGUAGAAGGGCAGUGCAGAGCCCCUCAUGGGACAAAGGUGGUGGGUUACCCAACAUAUCAUGAGCACCUCCAACGCCAGAGGGUGUCAUUUGAGCAGGUCAAACGGAUAAUGGAGCUGCUGGAGUACAUAGAGGCACUUUAUCCAUCGUUGCAGGCUCUUCAAAAGGACUAUGAAAAAUACGCUGCAAAAGACUUCCAGGACAGGGUGCAGGCACUCUGUUUGUGGUUAAACAUCACAAAAGACUUAAAUCAGAAAUUAAGGAUUAUGGGCACUGUUUUGGGCAUCAAGAAUUUAUCCGACAUUGGCUGGCCAGUGUUUGAAAUCCCUUCCCCACGACCGUCCAAAGGCAAUGAGCCCGAAGAUGAGGGUGAGGACACAGAAAGAGAAUUGAAAGAGUUGGAAAGCAGUACGGACGAGAGUGAAGGAGAACAAAUCUCUGAUCCAAGGGUACCAGAAACCAGGCAGCCCACUGACAACAGUUUCAACAUCCAGUCACCGGAUUGCGUAACUAAGAAGCUCGAGAGGCUUGAAUCUGAGGACGAUUCUGUUGGCUGGGGAACACCAGACUGCAGCACAGAAGCAGGCUUUAGUAGACAUUGUCUGACUUCUAUUUAUAGACCAUUUGUAGACAAAGCACUGAAGCAGAUGGGGUUAAGAAAGUUAAUUCUAAGACUUCACAAGCUGAUGGAUGGUUCCUUGCAAAGGGCACGUAUAGCACUGGUAAAGAGUGACCGUCCAGUGGAGUUUUCUGAAUUUCCGGAUCCCAUGUGGGGUUCUGAUUACGUGCAGCUGUCCAGGACGCCGCCUUCCUCGGAGCAGAAAUGCAGCGCUGUCUCGUGGGAUGAGCUAAAGUCCAUGGAUUUACCCUCAUUCGAACCUGCCUUCCUGGUCCUCUGUCGAGUCCUUCUGAAUGUCAUACACGAAUGUCUCAAGUUAAGGUUGGAACAGAGACCUGCUGGAGAACCAUCUCUCUUGAGUAUUAAGCAGCUGGUGAGAGAGUGUAAGGAGGUGCUGAAGGGUGGCCUUCUGAUGAAGCAGUACUACCAGUUCAUGCUGCACGAGGUCCUGGACCACCUGGAGGAGACCGACUGCAACAUCGACGCCUUCGAGGAGGAUCUGCACAAAAUGCUGAUGGUAUAUUUUGAUUACAUGAGAAGCUGGAUCCAAAUGCUACAGCAAUUACCUCAGGCAUCUCAUAGUUUAAAGAAUCUGUUAGAAGAAGAAUGGAAUUUCACCAAAGAAAUAAUCCAUUACAUCCGGGGAGGAGAAGCACAGGCUGGAAAACUUUUCUGUGACAUUGCAGGAAUGCUGCUGAAAUCUACAGGAAGUUUUCUAGAAUCUGGCUUACAGGAGAGCUGUGCAGAGUUUUGGACCAGUGCCGAUGAUAGUAGUGCUUCAGAUGAAAUAAGGAGAUCUGUUAUAGAGAUCAGUCGAGCACUGAAGGAGCUCUUUCACGAGGCUAGAGAAAGAGCCUCCAAAGCACUUGGAUUUGCUAAAAUGCUGAGAAAGGACCUGGAAAUAGCUGCAGAGUUCAUACUUUCAGCCCCAGUUAGAGACCUUCUGGAUGUCCUGAAAUCAAAACAGUACGUUAAGGUACAAAUUCCUGGCUUAGAAAACUUGCAGGUGUUUGUUCCAGACACCCUUGCUGAGGAGAAGAGUAUUAUUUUGCAGUUACUCAAUGCAGCCGCAGGAAAGGACUGCUCGAAAGACUCAUACGAACUACUAAUUGACGCCUAUCUGCUUCUAACGAAACAUAGUGACCGCACUCAGGACUCAGAUGGCAGCUGGGCCACGUGGGAGGCACAGCCUGUCAAAAUUGUGCCUCAGGUGGAGACUGUCGAUACCUUGAGAAGCAUGCAGGUGGAUAAUCUUUUACUAGUUGUCAUGGAGUCUGCGCAUCUCAUAAUUCAUAGAAAAACUUUCCAGCAGUCCACUGAAGGACUCAUGACUCUACGCCAGGAGCAGACAUCCAGUCAGCCCGUCAUCGCCAGAGCUUUGCAGCAGCUGAAGAAUGAUGCAUUAGAGCUUUGCAACAGAAUAAGUGAUGCCAUUGACCGAGUGGACCACAUGUUCACUUCAGAAUUUGACGCUGAAGUUGAUGAAUCUGAAUCUGCUACGUUGCAGCAGUAUUAUCGAGAAGCCAUGAUUCAAGGGUACAAUUUUGGGUUCGAGUAUCAUAAAGAAGUCGUUCGUUUGAUGUCUGGCGAGUUUAGACAGAAGAUAGGAGACAAGUAUAUAAGCUUUGCCCGGAAAUGGAUGAAUUACGUCCUGACUAAAUGUGAGAGUGGUAGAGGGACAAGACCCAGGUGGGCAACUCAAGGUUUUGACUUCCUGCAAGCCAUUGAACCUGCUUUCAUUUCAGCUUUACCAGAAGAUGACUUCCUGAGUUUACAAGCCCUGAUGAAUGAAUGCAUUGGCCAUGUAAUAGGAAAGCCACACAGUCCUAUUACAGCCAUUCAUCGGAACAGCCCCCGUCCUGUGAAGGUACCGCGAUGCCAUAGCGACCCUCCUAACCCGCAUCUGAUUAUCCCAACUCCAGAGGGAUUCAGCACCCGGAGCGUGCCUGCGGACACGCGGAGCCUCAGCAGCCCCGCCGCUGCCACUGUCACUGCCACCGCCGCCAGCGGUCGCCCCGGCCCCUCCGGCAGCGACUCUGCGCCGCCCAAACCCAUCAGCAGUGCCCAUGAGACCAGGGGUUCCAGCGUCCCUGAGAAUGAUCGAUUGGCUUCCAUAGCGGCCGAAUUGCAGUUUAGGUCCCUGAGUCGUCACUCGAGCCCCACCGAGGAGCGAGAUGAACCAGCGUAUCCAAAAGGUGAUUCAAGUGGGUCAAGUCGAAGAAGUUGGGAACUUCGGACACUUAUCAGUCAGACUAAGGAUACUGCUUCUAGGCAAGGACCCAUAGAAGCUAUUCAGAAGUCAGUCCGACUGUUCGAAGAAAAGAGAUAUCGAGAAAUGAGGAGAAAGAAUAUCAUUGGUCAAGUUUGUGAUACCCCUAAGUCUUAUGACAAUGUUAUGCACGUUGGCUUGAGGAAGGUGACCUUUAAGUGGCAAAGAGGAAACAAAAUUGGGGAAGGGCAGUAUGGGAAGGUCUAUACCUGUAUCAACGUGGACACCGGUGAACUGAUGGCCAUGAAGGAGAUUCGCUUUCAACCUAAUGACCACAAAACUAUCAAAGAAACGGCAGACGAACUGAAAAUCUUCGAAGGCAUCAAGCACCCCAAUCUGGUUCGGUAUUUUGGUGUGGAGCUGCAUAGGGAAGAGAUGUACAUCUUCAUGGAGUACUGUGACGAGGGCACCCUAGAGGAGGUGUCGAGGCUGGGACUUCAGGAGCACGUCAUCAGGCUGUAUUCUAAGCAGAUCACCGUCGCAAUCAAUGUCCUCCACGAGCAUGGCAUAGUUCACCGUGACGUUAAAGGUGCCAACAUCUUCCUUACCUCAUCUGGACUGAUCAAGCUGGGAGAUUUUGGAUGUUCAGUAAAGCUUAAAAACAAUGCUCAGACCAUGCCUGGGGAGGUGAAUAGCACGCUGGGGACAGCAGCAUACAUGGCCCCAGAAGUCAUCACUCGCGCCAAAGGAGAAGGCCACGGGCGUGCGGCCGACAUCUGGAGUCUGGGGUGUGUCGUCAUAGAGAUGGUGACUGGCAAGAGACCUUGGCAUGAAUAUGAGCACAACUUUCAGAUUAUGUACAAAGUGGGAAUGGGGCAUAAGCCACCAAUCCCUGAAAGAUUAAGCCCAGAAGGAAAGGACUUCCUUUCUCACUGCCUAGAAAGCGAGCCCAGGAUGAGGUGGACGGCCAGCCAGCUCCUCGACCAUUCCUUCGUCAAGGUUUGCACAGAUGAAGAAUGAAGCUAAUCAGUCUGUGGCCUAGUAGUGUGUGUACUCGGAAAAUUCUCUUAAUCACUACUGUAUGUAAUAUUUACAUAAAGACUGUGCUGAGAAGCAGUAUAAGCCUUUUUAACCUUCCAAGACUGAAGACUGCACAGGUGACAAGCGUCACUUCUCCUGCUGCUCCUGUUUGUUCGACGUGGCACGGGGCCCUCCUGAGUGAUGGUGUCCACGAGGUAAAGAAGCUGCAUGUUAAGUGCCAUUACUACUGUACACGGACCAUCACCUCCGUCACCUCCAUUUCUCGGGUGACUGAGAACCGUGACAUCAGUGUAGUAUUUUUGACCUUUCUAGGUUCAAAAGCAGUUGUAGUGUUAUCAGGCGUCCUGGGCCUUGUUAAUCUCUUGUUUGUCGAGUGCACUGACUGUGAAACCUUACCUGUUGUUGUUGUUGUUGGCAAGCCACAGGUUUGUUAUGCAAAAGGCUGAUUAAUGAAAUUUAAGAAAAAGGUUCUUUUUUCAAUAAAUGGUUUAUUUUAGGAAAGCUCAGUUAUAUUGUCUUUUAAUGGUUAUCAGCUUCAGAGCCAACACAUUAUCUGAUACAGAGGUCUGUCCUUGUCACUCAUGUGUUCCUCAACAGAAGGGGUACAAUCAAGUGUGCUGAAGGUGGGCGCUGGGUUAGGAGUUCCUUUAGGGUCUAGAAUCGCCUUGCUGCAAAGGGAAAGAGAGAAAUGAAACAACACUAAGGAUGUAAGAGGCCCUUUUAAAUCUUUGUAUAUUAACUGCAAGUUUAUAACAGAUAAAAGUUUAAGCCUUGUUAUCACAUGUUGGCGGCUCAGUUUAUUUUCAUAUCAAGAUAUAUAGGUACUGGGUCAAUGUAAAUACUGCUGAAUAAUCUCUUGACAAGAAAGCAUCUUUUUCAGAAUGUAAAUAUUUCAGCAGUUAGUUUUCUAAAAUAGCCCAAAUUAUAUGUCAUUGAUGGUGUUCUUUUCUUUCUUUCUGCUAUUAAAUUUUUUUAAAGAUUGAC